CGAGGAGGUGCGGCGGGCCUGGUCCGCGUUUGAUGGAUCCCCGGAUCGCCUGGUUCCAGCCAGAGCAGCUCGGGCCCUCCAACCGCCUGUGGAUGCAGAUCUGGGAGACCACGCAAGGCGUCCGCCAUCUCUACUUCCAGCAGCAGCAGCAGCAAAGCGCCUCCGCGGCAGCGCCGCCACCCGCCUCGCCCGGCAUGUCCCGCGGCCGCAGCAGCAGCGACGCGCAGCCCGACUUCUUGCCCCUGGAGAGCGGCGGCAGCGGCCACCACCCGCACCGCCACCACCACCACCACCACCACCACCCCCGCAGCAGCAGCAGCAGGCAGGCCUCGCCGCAGCCGCCUCACGCCAACGCCGCCGCCUCGGCCGCCGCCUCCUCCUCGUCGGCCAGCAACAAGAGGAAGCGCGACAACAAGGCCAGCACCUUCGGCCUCAAUUACAGCCUCUUCUUGGCGGGGCCUGCCGGGGAGAGCCGCGGAGACGGGCCCCUGGGAAGGCCGCCAGCCGGGCCCGAGGAGGCCGCCUACACCGGUACGCCGUGGAAGAAGAGAAAUUACAGCCAAGGAGUGGUGGGUCUUCAUGACGAGAUUAUUGACUUCUACAAGUACAUGUCUCCCAGAUCCGAAGAAGAAAGGAUGCGGAUGGAAGUGGUUAAUAGGAUAGAAAACGUUAUAAAGGAACUCUGGCCCAACGCAGAGGUGCAGAUAUUUGGAAGUUUUAAGACUGGUUUAUAUUUACCUACUAGUGAUAUUGAUUUAGUUGUGUUUGGAAAAUGGGAAAAUUUGCCUCUCUGGACCCUCGAAGAGGCUCUCCGAAAGCACAAUGUAGCUGAUGAAAAUUCAGUAAAGGUUUUAGACAAAGCAACUGUACCUAUUAUUAAACUGACUGAUUCCUUUACCGAAGUCAAAGUCGACAUCAGCUUUAACGUACGCAACGGGGUAAAAGCCGCUCAUCUCAUCGCAGAUUUUAUCAAGAAAUAUCCUGUAUUGCCAUAUCUAGUUUUAGUAUUGAAACAGUUUUUGCUGCAGAGGGACCUCAAUGAAGUAUUCACAGGUGGAAUCGGUUCUUAUAGUCUUUUUUUAAUGGCGGUCAGCUUCCUCCAGCUGCAUCCCAGGGAAGAUGCCUGCACGCCCAAUGCCAACUAUGGUGUCCUUUUAAUAGAGUUUUUUGAAUUAUACGGACGUCAUUUCAACUAUCUGAAAACAGGCAUCCGAAUAAAGGACGGCGGUUCCUACGUGGCCAAGGAUGAAGUGCAGAAGAAUAUGCUGGAUGGGUACAGACCAUCGAUGCUCUAUAUCGAAGAUCCGCUUCAACCCGGCAAUGACGUUGGGAGGAGCUCUUACGGUGCCAUGCAAGUGAAACAAGCCUUUGAUUACGCAUACGUCGUCCUGAGCCACGCAGUGUCGCCAAUAGCUAAAUAUUACCCCAACAACGAAAGCGAAAGUAUAUUGGGAAGAAUAAUCAGAGUAACGCAAGAAGUGGCAACGUACAGGGACUGGAUAUCCAAGCAGUGGGGGUUGCAGAAUAGCACCGAGGCUUCGUGCAACGGGAACGGGGUGACUUUGAUAGUCGACAACCAGCAGCUAGAUGAAUGCAACAACAACCUUUCCAAGGAGUGCGAGUCGUUAGGAAAACCCAGAAGUAAAACCUCUGAGAUGCCAAGCAAGCAUUCAUCGAACUCUUCCUCGGGACCUCUGUCGUCAUCGUCUUCUACGCUUUCCAGCUCCAGCGAUGUAGAGUCCGACGGGACGCCGUGCAAAACCUCUAAGCAGCUGGGCUGCCGUCAAACGGUAGCCAACCGGACGGUAGCUCAGGACGUAUCGCUGGGGCCCACCCAGUCAAGUGGGAAAAUGCCGAGCAGCCAAACAGCAAACUUAUCCGGAGUUGCAAACAAGUCACAGCACGGAUCCACGCGGUUGUUCCGCGCGUCUUCCAACAAAGGCUUCCAAGGUCCAGCCAAUUCAAGCCACGGUACCUCGGUGACGAACAAGCAACACCCGGGCAGCAAAUCACACCAGUAUUAUGGGAAGAAAAGGAAACACAAGAGGGACCCGGUCCUUUCGGAUCUUUGUAGAUAGUUUUCCUCUUUGGACGGUGGACUGUUCUUCUGUGUGCAACGGCCUCGUGCUACAAGGAUAAGUUGGACAGCAAGCAACUCCCCUGGUCUCGUCUGGACUCUCCCAAGACUGUCGGGGGGAGGGGGGGGAGAAACCCGACAACGUUGAUUAGCGGUGUGUUAUAAGUUUUCCAGCUUGCCACGGAACAGAUCAUGAAGACUGAUGAGAGCAACAACAGAAGGGGGGAGGGAAGAGGAGGAAAAGGCCACUCCCUUUAAGGCAUAUACUACAGCAGGGUUGUUUAGGAUAUAAAAGCUUGAAUGUAAAAUAAAUAUCUCCCCGAAGCUUUUAUGAUGACCUCAUGAGGGCCUAGGACUCAAUGUGUUUAGGGGCGGGGUUGGUCAUGAACUCAGAAUGGGACAAAUGAUUAAAAAGCGAGAAAGAAAGAAAAAAAAAAAAGCACCUGUAUUUUGAGGGAAGCUCAGACUACAAAGGAAGAGACAAAGUAAAAAAAAAAAAAUUCACGCAUGAUAAUUUUAAAAUUAUUUUUGCAUAUAUUUACCAUUUUAUUGUGUAUCUAUAGAUGACCAUAUAGGAAAGAGAAAUUGACAUUUGUAAUAGUGGCAUUUGUUAAAUACUUUUUACAUAACAUUACUGUUUAAAUAGUAGAAACCAUUUUUUUGGGGUCCCACUCCUGCCCCCCCCCCCAAUUAUUCAUUUAAGAUGAAGAAAAUAUUUGAAUUUGUCAGCUUAACAUCAAACAAACAUAGUGAUUUGUGUGGCUCAGAAUUCUUUUUCUUUUUCCUUGAGCAUUGAAGCAGUAGCACACUGAUGGAUCUGCACAAAUUCCUUCUUGGGAGGGGUGGGUAGGGGAGAUCUGGGGUGUGGUGGGGGGGGGAGAUAUGUUUUUUAUAAAAGAGGUAUUAUCUGACGCCCAGUGUCAGCUCUGAUCUCCGAUUCCUUGGCGGGAAGAAGAACGAACUUUCACUUUGUGUCUGAAGCGGCAUCCUCACAGGCAGUGGGAUAUUCUCAAUAGUACCCGAAGCAUCCCUUUCUCCCUCUUCUCAAAGGAAACAAAGCUACUGGUGGGGGGAGGGGAAAGGUGCCACCACAUCUUUGCCCUGUUUUGUUGCAUUAAAACGAACGAGGAUCGGUUAGUAAUGUCUGCAAAUUCAGGAACUCUACUGAAUCCUUUGCCUUUCGUUUGAUUUUUGUGCCUUUUUAACCUUCAUCCCUGCCUCUUCUUUCCUUUCCUUCUUUGUUCAAUUCAUUUUUUUUUAAAUGUCCUUUAGGAAGAAAAAAUGUUUAAAAAGAAAAAAAAAUGUAGUGUUUUUUUUUUUUUUUAACCCAGACGUUCCGUUUUGAGGCAUUUUUAAAUCUACCCUUUAAGGAUUUAAACGCAUCUUCAAUAAUGAAAAUAAAUUUGUAUUGCCGUCUUGAAGAGCUGACAUUUUUCUCAUAUCUUCUGUGUUUUCACUGGAUUGUCGAUUUUCUCCUCAUUUCAAAUUCCCCCCCCCCCCAGCCAAGAAUCCAUAAACGUUUGGCUGUUUCUUAAUUUAGCCAUGCCGUGAAAGACACACUAUGAAUGCAAAUGGGAAUGUAUAGAGUUGUAGUCACUUGCAUUGUUUUUGUUUUGUUUUGUUUUUUUUACAAGAAAAAGAAAAAAGAUCUGGAGCACUUUAAGGAUUAGAAUGUAAAGUGACAUUUACUGUAACCUUUUUUCUUUGAAGAGGAAAGUUUGUGCGCGCGUGUGUGUGGAGUAUGCAAGGUUGAAUUUGGUGUAUUGGGUCUGGAGAAUGAUAAAGAAGAUGAUGAUCCUUUUAUCGAGGAAUAAUAGCUUUUAGAUGUUUCUUUUAUCUACUGCAGACCAACCUGACCUUUAAUAAGCACUGAUCAGUGCAGAAGCUUUUUUAAAUAAAAUAAUGCAACACGACCAAAA